UCAAGACAUACUAACACAAUGAUUAUACCCACCAGUACAAUCUUCGCCAUAUUCCUCGCCGCCAGCACCACCGUGGCGGCUAUGGUCGAUAACAAAACCAUUCCCUUUAACGAAAAUUUCCAACAACCUGACUGCGGUGAGUUACACGAUGGCCGGUUCUUGUUCUACCCAAUUCCAGCCGCCAAUAGGGCUGGUGAUCCAAUAAACCUGAUGACCAUCUUAUAUGACACCGUAUUAAGAACAGCAGUUUCGUCUACCGGGCUGUACACCAGCGACAAUACGGCUGGCGGAGUCCGGUAUAACAAUUGGGUGGUACGGGCGUGUCCAGGCCAUGUAGAGCUGGACUGCCGACAUACCAAUCCUGCUUUUCCUGCUGGGUAUGCUAGAGGCCAUUUACUCCCUUCCUGUUAUUGGCGGUGGACUGACACCGUGGCAAGGAACACAUUCUUCUGGUAG